ACAAACAAUUCUUUAGAUCAAUUACCAUGUCCUACCAAUUAGUCUGUUUAGGUAAUCCAUUAUUGGAUUUACAAACCAAUGUCGACCAAGAAUACUUGAAAAAAUACGAUUUAAAAGACAAUGAUGCCAUUUUAGCUGAACCAAAGCACAUGCCAAUUUAUGAGGAACUUUUAAAGCGUGAUGACUUGAUCUUGGUUGCUGGUGGUGCUGCUCAAAACACUGCUAGAGGUGCCCAAUAUAUCUUACCUCCUCACUCUGUCGUUUACUUUGGAUCUGUUGGUAAGGAUGUCUACGCUGAAAAGUUGAAUGAAGCUAAUGCUCAGUACGGAUUAAGAACUGAAUAUCAAAUCCAAGACGAUAUUGCUACUGGUAAGUGUGCCGCUUUGAUUUACGGUGCUCACAGAAGUUUAGUUACUGAUUUAGCUGCCGCUAACCAUUUCAAGCCAACCCAUUUGGAAAAGCCAGAAAACUGGAAGUUAGUUGAAAACGCCAGCCACUUCUACAUUGGUGGUUUCCACUUGACAGUUUCUCCAGAAGCCAUCAAGAAGUUGGGUGAACAUGCUGCCGAAACCAACAAACCAUUGGCUUUAAACUUUUCUGCUCCAUUCAUUUGUCAAUUUUUCAAGGACCCAUUGGAUGCCUCUUUACCUUAUGUUGAUUACGUUAUUGCCAAUGAAUCCGAAGCUGCUGCCUAUGCUGAAUCUCACGAUUUAAAGACCACUGACAUUGUUGAAAUUGCCAAGGAAGUUGCCAAGUUACCAAAGGUCAACACUGCCAGACCAAGAACCGUUAUUUUCACUCAAGGUUUAGACCCAACCAUUACCGUCACUUAUGACCCAACCACUGAAGAUUUCGAAGUCAAGGCUUUCCCAGUUAAGAAGUUAGAUGCCGAAAAGGUUGUUGAUACCAACGGUGCUGGUGAUGCGUUUGCUGCUGGUUUCGUUGCUUCUUUAGUCGAAGGUAAGUCUUUGGUUGAAGCUGUUGAUGUUGGUCAAUGGGCUGCUAAGUUGAGUAUCCAACAAGUUGGACCAACUUUCCCAUUCCCUAAGCAAACCUACUCCAAGAACUAGAUAGUUUCACUUGAUUGACGUUCAAGUCUUUAUAUUAUAUUUUUGCAUAUUCACUUCAACAUGGGAUAUUAUAUUAUUUACUAAUUUUUAAAAACAAUACUUGAUUUAUUUCAAAUGGGCUAGUUCACUAUAGUUUAUAUAUAAAUGUAUAGAAAUUCAACAUUCUACAAAU